AUGUCGGUGCCGUUGCCGCUCUGGGGCGACGCGUCUGCCUCGCACUCCGUGCAGGGCCGCGGUGAGGUGCAGAGCAUCGCCAGCGUCUCGUCGGAGUGGCGCACCUCCCUUGACUUUGCACAGCAGCUGGACAUCAAGGCAGAGAAGGAGCUGCAUGCGCUGUGGUCGGCGCUGUGGGCCGCAACUCACAGCGAGGCCGCGCUGCAGACCGCCUUGGAGAGUAGGCGAGCGUCGUGGAACCCGUAUCGCCCCGUCCGUGGCGGGCCAGAGGUGAAGGCGGAGAUUCUGCACAGCGAGGUGGUAGAGUUUCAGGCUAUGGUGCCGACCGAUAGCUUGUACCUCCGCGGCGUCGCUGCGCAGCUACCCGCCUCGUCGUCUGCAGGCUCCGUUUCGCCGCGGAACUCGAUUUCCCGAAUCAGCAACUCAUGGGUGUCGCCAGUCUCUCCACACGGCACUGGAGGGCAACGAAAUGCAGCGAAGAGCAAGGCAGACGCGGAGGAGGAAGUGCUGGUGAUGGACGGGCCUUCUGCUGUGGCCUUCCGGUCACCGUCUACUCCGGUCACCUCGCUCACUCGCGGAUCUCCCUGGUGGGCGGUGCGCCGUGCAGAGAGCGAGGCGGCGCUCUUUCACUACAUGUGGGAAGCUGUCGUCGUUCCGUACUACGCAUCCAUGCCUGCUGCCUUCUUUUCGGCUGCCUUGCCCGGCGACGGUGCAGCGACGCAGUCCAGCGGCUCCUUGAUGCCUUUCGCCCCUCGCCGCGAGGAGCGGGAAGACCGGGAGGCGAGCGGCGUGGUCACCGCCUUCGGUGCGACCCGAGAAAAGGUGCGAAAGUGGAGCUUUGAGGCAUGCCGACGCUCGUCCUCUCCGUCUUCAGCCAACAUGUCGCCGGCGCAGAAGCGCGACCCUUCCAGUGUCGGUGGGGCGCGGUUUUCAACGUUGGCGACAGUGCGUCCACCGCGCCUGGGCAGCGGUGGAGUUUCUCACGUCGUGGCAUCGCGAGACCUCGACAUCGUCUCGGAAGACUCCCUGGAGGUCGAGGUUCUGGAGGAAAACAAGGGCAGCAGCCCUGUAUCGCCCACGCACGCCGCAUCGCCCCUGGGGAAGGGAAGCGAUCGCAGCGCUGCGACUCCCGACCCGGCUGCCGCCCCUGCCGAGCGCAGCGGCCAACGCAAACAGCGUCCCUCAUCAGCCUGCGUGCACGUCCUCACCACUGCACCGCUGGACGUCGUGGCGACCGAUAAGCUGCCACAAGGAUCGACCCAUGCCUCGACUUCAACGACGCAGCAGCGCGCCGCGUCCGCUUUCUCGGAGUGUGUGCAGGUCGCUGGCACCUUGUCUGCGCCUCGCAGUGGCGCUGCUGCCUCUGCCUGGAUGAGAGGCGGGCUGUCUGGAAAGGCGUCCAGCCGGAGGGAGGUCCCGCUCUUCCACACCACCGCCAAAGCUGCAGGGAAGCCGUCGAAGACCUCCUCGUCGUCACCGCCGCGCGUGGCGGCGCAACCACCGCCUUCCCGAGUACAACCGCAAGCCGCUGAGGGGGAGCGUGCAGCCUCGCCUGUGUCGGUGGUGGCGGCCGCGAAGGACCACAAGUCGCCGCAGCGAGUCCACCCAGCCUCGGGGGCGAGCAGGGCGCGAGGUGGCCGCGCGACCGCAAGCGCCGUGCGAGGAAAGGCGUCCCCAGCGGCGCGUAGCGCGUCACGCACUGCUUCUUUGGCGCCUAUAUCGCAUGCGGAUCGUACCACGGUGUCGCCGACCACCAGCACGAACGCGUCUGCUCAGCAUGCUUUGCAGCUGCUCGAUCUGCACAGUCGGCACACGGUUCGCUCGCCGAUGCUGCAGCGCCAUCUAUCGCCAAUUCCGAAAGCAGCAAGGGAGACUGAGGGGGGCAAGUCGGCAAAGGCAGAGCUGACGCCACCUGAGGUGCCGGCGUCCCACUCCCAGCGGUGUGGCUUUGUGUCCCCCAUGCAGCUGCCUUGUCGCAGCAACCGGCGACGGCACGCUGAACAGCUGAAGAGGCUCGUGGAGCCUGGGAUCGACGCUCAGGUCGGUUUCGACUUGCCCGAAACGAUCUUAGCGAACUCGCAGCCGGGGCCCCCGCGCGAGGUGGCCGCGCAUUCUGCGUCCACAGAGCGGCAUCGUCCGACGGCGCCGAAUUCGCGAAGCGUGGCAAACACCACCGCCUCCCCUGCCGUGCGCAACUCAUCGAUUGGCGCUCGACAAACAGCCAAGGCACCGCAGCGGUCGUCUUCGAAGGCGAAGGCCACUUCAGCGGCGCCGAAGCGGCCCACCACCGCCCACCGCUAA